GUGAGUGGGGCAUGGUUUCUUGCGCGUCCCGAGUCCUCGCAGGAUCGAGUUUACGUUCUUGUCACAAGGCCGCGGCGUUUGCAGCAACUGUGAGUGAAGAUUCACGUAUCUUGUACUGCUCAGCUCCUGCUCGUGGCCACAAUCAAGAUGGUCAUCCGGAGAGCAAUGCCAGAGUUCCUGCGAUCCUACGCGAGUUGGAUCGAGCUCAGCUUACUCCUGAGAAGCGUGGAAAGGAGAUUUCUCGGCUGACAAACUUUAUGCCUGCCUCCAAGCAAGAUGUUGCCGCAGUGCACUCCAUUUCCUAUGUCCAUGGCCUGGAAAAGGCAAUGGGGAAAGCCGCUGCGGAUGGUCUCAUCUUCAUUGAAGGAAGUGGUCCAACUUACGCUACUUCCACGACGUACGAAGAAUCCAUGCUCGCAGCGGGUGGAAGCUUAGCUCUGGUCGACUCCCUGAUGAGUGUGGCUGGUCCAAGGCCCCCAAUUGGAUUUGCUUUGAUCCGACCUCCAGGCCACCACGCAGUCCCGGCAGGCCCCAUGGGAUUCUGCGUUUUCGGCAAUGUGGCCAUCGCAGCUAGGCACGCACAGCGCGCUCACGGCCUCAAGAGAGUUUUUAUCAUCGACUUUGAUGUCCACCAUGGCAAUGGCACCCAGGACGCUUUCUACGACGACCCGGACGUCUUCUUCUGCUCUACACACCAGGAUGGAAGCUAUCCAGGAACAGGGAAAAUGCGUCAGGUUGGCACAAGGGAUGGCGAAGGAACCACGUUAAAUCUGCCAUUACCAGGUGGUUCUGGGCAUGCAGCCAUGCUUACUGCUCUCGAAGAAGUCAUCGUUCCAAGCUGCCUCAAGUUUAAGCCCGAUAUUCUACUCGUUUCUGCCGGAUAUGACGCUCAUGUUUUGGACCCUUUGGCCAGCCUUCAGUUCACCACUGCAACUUACUACCAUUUGGCAUCGACGAUCAAGCAGCUUGCACGGGAGGUUUGCAACGGGAGGUGCGUUUUCUUUCUGGAAGGUGGCUACAACCUGGACGCUCUGUCGCUCAGUGUUGCUGACACAUUUCGUGGCUUGCUGGAUGACGAGGAGAGUCGCGCAAAACUGACGGAUGAUCCGGCUGUUUUGUAUGAGGAGCCUCUUGUGCGAGUGAGGCGGGCAAUUACCGAGAUUAAGGCCAUACAUUCUCUAUAAUAAAUUUUUGAUACACCUAAAACCCACCUAAAAAUGAUACACCCACACAGAAUCUUGGAAAAAAGAGGUUCGCCAUUUAUUUUUAUAUAGUGGUUAAGUAGCUAUGGAUGCCUACAGUUUGUAAUGUCUGUUAAAGGAAUUCUCUUUGUAGCUGCC